CAGUUUCAAUGACGUUGACUUAGAGGAGGGUGAAUGGUACGACUAUGAUGACAAGGCCGGUGCCGAAGUGUCUAUUGUGGAUGCCCAAUGGGAAAUCACCAGGAGCUAGAGGACUUUCUGUGAUGUCCAGUUAGGAAAACAUGAAUGGUAGAUUAGAGCGUGCUGCAUGGGGACGAUUUUGUGGAUAUAGUCGUGAUAAAGGUCCGAGAAAUAUUUUGCGUUUAUUGGGCUGGAAUAGUAUCAUCUAUACCUAUAAUGAUUUCAGUUGUACUGCCAGAGAGGUCAUUGAUAUCCACCCUCUGGAUACACAGUAACCUCUCACUGAUUGUAGGCGUUCAAGUCUGAGCCAGAAUUUGUUAGUGCACCCAGGUUGUCUUACAAAGAGAAAUGUCAUAUUGGAUA